AUGUCGUCUGGACUGGUGGAAAAGUCGUUUGUCAACAACGAUGAGCUAUUCUAUCUAAAAUGGAACAACUUCCAGAAGAAUGUCAGCACACAGUUCGAAAAGUUGCGCGAAGACGACGAUCUAGUGGACAUUACGUUCGCUUGCGAGGGACGAAUGCUUACGGCACACAAGCUUGUGUUAUUCGCGUGCAGUCCGUACUUCAAGGAGCUACUAAAGAAAAAUCCCUCCCCGCAUCCGGUAUUCUUUAUGAACGAUGUAAAAUACGACGUGCUGAAAGCCAUUCUGCAAUACAUGUACCUCGGAGAGGUGCACAUCACCAAUGAAAAUCUGAAGGAGUUUAUCAAGACCGCCGAAGGAUUACAAAUUCGCGGACUAAGUAAAGAAAACAAUGGCGACUUGAUUCUACCAGCGAACCAGGAUGCGAUACGCCGCGAUGAAAAGAGCGAACAGCUAUUAGACGACUUCUGUCGAAAACGGGCGGACAUUGGCGAUCUGCAAUCAUCAUCGGUGUUGAACAUCAAGCGUGUCAAAACGGCUGCCGACGGCUCGAUGCCAUCUGGCGCGCAGGAUGGCAUGUCGGACGUAGAACCGAAGGUUGAGAUGGUAGAGUAUUUGGACAGUGAAGCGGGCACCCACCAAUCUCCAACGUACUGCAGCAUGGAUUCGUACGCGGACAAGAGCAACACGCAUGGGCCCCGCAACACGAUGAGCCAUUUGGGCACAAUGAACAACGUGGCGGGUUUUACGCAAACUGGAGCCGCGUCUGUUCCUGGAUCUGCAGGUAACCAACCCGGUGGAUCUGGAGCACAUGGUCAUAACGUGCACGAGUACAAAUCAGAAGACGACAGCAGUUGGAUGGAAAAAUCUCUAGACAAUAUAUCCGUCAACUCGGAACAAAGCAUGAAGUACAACAGCGCCGGCGGAGGGAGCAGCGGAGGCAAUGGAGGAAACAGCAGCAAUAGUGACAAAAGCAAGGGUCGGAGUAGUCGGAACAGCAACCGGUCAGUGGACGACAAAGCGAACUGCCUGACACCACGCUGCUGUCCCGUGUGUUCGCGGUUAUACUCGAACGUGUCCAACCUCCGGCAGCACAUGCGGUUAAUACAUAAUCCGACAGCCGUCUGUUGUCCCAUCUGCCAGAAGCACUUCAAUUCCGAGCUCUAUCUAAAGCGACAUUACUCAUCGAUACACUCGAUCAAUCCCAACAGCACCGGUGACGGCGAGCUUGUCGAUACUAAGCCGCCAUCAGCACAGUUACAGCAACAACAGCAGCAGCAACAGCAGCAACAACAGCAACAGCAGCAGCAACAACCUCCGCCACAACAGCAACAACAACAAGGUCCUCAACCAACGCAACAGCAACAAGCUCAACAGCAGCAGCAACCUCAACAACAGGCACCAGCACCAGCAACAAACACAUGGAAUCCAUACCAUCAUCAUGACGCAUCACAGUUAGUGAAUCCUUUCAUCAAGUAA